AUGGCCAAACGCGACCGCAUCAAACGUCUCAUUUCCCUCAAGUCAACCCACCGCUGGACAUCCCAACACAUGCGCCCGCAGGCAACCGAAGAAGCCAUAUAUAAAUUCCUCUCAAGGACUCCGCCGCCAGAUAUCAUCAUCGACUGGCCCUCCUCGACCGGUAGUACAAUAGAAACAACAACGACGACGACGACGAGGAAUCCUCAUCAAGCCGUGCGCAGGAGCCCACUCUUCCACAAACUACCCCCCGAGCUACGACGGCAUCUGUAUAUCCUUGCCUUUGGCAAUAGGGUGGUACACAUUGAAGAUAGCGGUAGAGAUAAGUUGACGCGCAUGCCUUGUUUCUGUCCGUUUUCAGGUCCAGGGUGCGCACCGUGGGAGGAUCGUUGUGACCGUGAAUAUGGGAGGGGGUUGGAUGGGUUGAGGGAUCCUAUUGGGAUUAUCGGGUGGUUGUUGAGUUGUCGGAUGGCGUACGCGGAGACCAUCGGCGUCUUCUACUCAACUAACACAGUCCGCAUUCUCAGCUUCGGCGGUCUACCGCGACUGCCGACCCGUCUACCCCCAGGUAUAUUAGGGUGCAUUACUUCCCUCGAGCUAAUCCCUCGGGUCCGGCUGCACGCAUUGCCAGAGGAAUUCCUAUGCUUGCUGCCCCGAGAGAUAUUUCCAGGCCUACGCAGACUGUAUCUCUUGGUUCGCGACAUAGAGCCACCGCUAUUCAAUUUCCAAGACUACGAUGGUGAGUGUGACAAGGCCGCGAAACUAGUUGCGUUUCUUAGCCGAGCUGAUCGUAUCGCGCGGAAACUGCUCGCUCACCCUUCUCGGUUGGAAGUGUUUGAAGUAGCAGUUCGGCACAGCACAUUCCGCCAUUUGAUUGCAGGGCUGGGAGAGGAAGAGAGACGGGUUGCUGUGCGGGGAGGCUUGCGAUAUCCGCAAGGAGAGCGCUUGUGGAGGAGCGUGGGGGAAUUGGAUGUUGAUAUUCAUGCGGCUGCUGAGGAUGAUGUUGGUCGUGUGGGCAGUCGUUUUAGAAAGGAGCGGGGCUAUUGGAUUCUAGAUGAUUUGUCAGGCGAAUGCGAAUGAAUAAGGAAAAGGUGCUUGACGCCAUAUUGGCGUGGGAGAGCAUGAGACCGUGCAUAAAUUUAGGGAGUUAUAUCUGGUGGGGUAUGGAGGGGAUUUUUGCUCUCAAUUGGCCGUGACAACCCAAGGGCAUUUGUGCAUGUCCUGCGUUCACAUGGACAAUAUAUCACAGAUUUUCCUUGUUUCUUUUUCGUCUUAGCUUGCCAAACUCAUAGGGAAAUGCGUGAGGAUGCAGCCAUUAAAGCAUAAAUGCAUUGGCCCUCUGUGAGCACGAGAAUACUCGCGCACUGCCUCCACUACUUGCAAGAGCUCCCAUGCUUGAACCAACACUGAAGACUUGUUUGAUAAACAAGAGCCAUUUGAACUAUGUUCAAGUGUACACCCUAGCUAGGUUCAACACUUGUCCGUCAUUGAACUGAGAGAGGGUCUUGUCAGUUGUUUCUUUGCACUCCUGUCCAUUCUCAAGAGCCAAAAAAUUCUCAUAUAACUGGAGAGGUCACAGCAAAAAGCAGGGCCAUUGCUCGCUGACUGCCAUUACUCUCAGAUCAGUCGAAGGAAAUCAUAUGGAGCCAUCGUCCUCCGUGUUAUGAUCGUCAAGAGCUCGUUCCUGUCGUUGCUCGUGGCUAUCAGGCUAAUUUGCAUCUGCGCAUUGUUAUGUAUUCUGGCCAUUCGGCAUGAUAUUCGGUUUUGAUCCACCCGUCAAGAGGAAGGGAGAGAGGAAAAUAGAAAAGAAUGUUCGUGGAUGCCGAUGAAUGACAUUGAGAGCUCUACAUUG